GGCGGGAGGGGGAGGGGAGGGCUGAGAGCGGAAGCCGCCGCGGCCGCGUUUCCGGCCGGAAGUGAGCUCCGGCCCGGUUUCUGGGGGCGCUGUGCUGGAGGGCGCCGAGCACCUGGGGGCGCCAUGUCCGCCAGUGCCGUGUACGUGCUGGACCUGAAGGGCAAGGUCCUCAUCUGCCGGAAUUACCGCGGAGAUGUGGAUAUGUCUGAGGUGGAGCAUUUCAUGCCAAUUCUUAUGGAAAAGGAAGAAGAGGGAAUGCUUUCUCCCAUUCUAGCUCAUGGAGGAGUUCGUUUUAUGUGGAUUAAACACAAUAAUUUAUAUCUUGUUGCUACUUCUAAGAAGAAUGCUUGUGUGUCUCUGGUGUUUUCGUUUCUUUACAAGGUGAUUCAGGUAUUUUCAGAAUAUUUCAAGGAGUUGGAAGAAGAGAGUAUUCGAGAUAACUUUGUUAUAAUUUAUGAAUUGCUUGAUGAGCUCAUGGAUUUUGGCUAUCCUCAAACCACUGACAGUAAAAUUUUACAAGAGUAUAUUACUCAAGAAGGCCACAAACUGGAAACUGGAGCUCCACGCCCACCUGCCACUGUUACCAAUGCUGUUUCCUGGAGGUCAGAAGGGAUAAAGUAUAGGAAAAAUGAAGUGUUUCUGGACGUUAUAGAAUCUGUUAACCUCUUGGUUAGUGCCAAUGGAAAUGUAUUGCGCAGUGAGAUAGUUGGAUCCAUUAAAAUGAGGGUCUUUCUCUCAGGAAUGCCAGAGCUUCGCCUCGGUUUAAAUGAUAAAGUACUCUUUGAUAAUACAGGACGUGGCAAAAGCAAAUCGGUGGAACUAGAAGAUGUAAAGUUUCACCAGUGUGUUCGUCUCUCUCGCUUUGAAAACGACAGGACAAUUUCUUUCAUCCCACCUGAUGGAGAGUUUGAACUCAUGUCAUAUCGUCUUAACACCCAUGUAAAACCACUCAUCUGGAUUGAGUCUGUGAUUGAGAAACAUUCCCACAGCCGCAUAGAGUAUAUGAUCAAGGCAAAGAGUCAGUUCAAGCGGAGAUCAACUGCCAACAAUGUGGAGAUUCACAUCCCAGUUCCAAAUGAUGCAGACUCACCAAAAUUUAAAACCACAGUGGGCAGUGUCAAAUGGGUUCCAGAAAAUAGUGAAAUUGUCUGGUCCAUUAAAUCAUUUCCGGGGGGAAAGGAGUAUCUGAUGCGGGCUCACUUUGGGCUUCCAAGUGUUGAAGCUGAAGAUAAAGAAGGCAAACCUCCCAUCAGUGUCAAGUUUGAAAUUCCAUAUUUCACCACGUCAGGAAUACAGGUCCGCUACUUGAAGAUAAUUGAGAAGAGUGGCUAUCAGGCUCUGCCAUGGGUUCGCUACAUCACCCAAAAUGGAGAUUAUCAGCUCCGAACACAAUAGUACUUUUUCCAACCAGAACAGAUGACAAAUCUUCAGGUCUAGAAUUUGUAGAAAACUUUUUUGUGGUAGUGAACGCUGUGAACGUUAUCUCCAGGGUAUUAUAUCAGCAAACUUGAACUGAGGAGGAGAGAGAGCGUUUUUUUAAAUUGUGUUCAACACUAAGUGUUUGGACUAUUAGUGCAGGUUGUAUGGAUGUCUAAUUCUUAAAGCAUGUUACUACUUCUGCUAAAUGCUGAUCAUAUUAGGAGUAGCAGUUAUUUUGAGAAGCCAGGAUUGCCUUGCUAGUCAUACUUCAAUGUUCCAUAUUUUAAAAGUGUGUAAAUACCAUCUUUAAAACCAGUGGAAGCAUUAUUUAAAAACUAGAGAGGUCAUGGUGCAACUGAAGUGGCUGCUAAGCAUUCUUAGUUUGAAAUAAAGGCCCAGGGUUAUUUACCACUGAAAACACCUGACAGUUUUCAGACUUAUUUCUUAGCUUGCAAAGGAAUUAUUAAAGGUAGUGAUGAGUCAAGAAAGGUUAGGUUCUAAGUUCAAAAUAAAAGUUGGUUUUAUUGACAGAAGUUCAGUCCAUUUAAUAUCUGUCAAACCUUGAGAUAUUGGGGGUGGUGUUUGUAAGCAUAAAUUUGAUUAAAAAAAAAUACAGGUGCAUAAACUACUAUAGUAACUUGAAGGGGAAGAGACAUCAAGAAUAAAUGCCCAUAGUCUCUGUGGAGUAUCGUGGUCAAUGAUGGUUCAAAUUAUGGAGCCAAGAUGCAAAGCUGAGAAGUCCAAACAAAUUAAGAAAACUCAGUAUCAACUAUCAUAUAAAACUUGCUUGGCUUUGAUAUUUCUAAUUGCAAAAAAUCUAAAAAUUAAAGGUCUCAAUUUGUAAAUAUGAAACUUCAGAUUAACCAUAUUGGCUUUUAAAUGUUUAAAACACAAUUCAGCAGAUGGAACAUGUUUGUAAGUAGUAAUAACUAAUAGUACUUCAGGCGCUUCCUGAUAACUGAUUGCUGUCAUUAGAGAGGCUGGUAGAUAAAAGAAUAAGAAAUUACAUAUUUGUCAUCCAGGUUAGAUUUAGGUAAAUUCUUUUUUCUUCAAUUUUCAAGCAUUAUUUACAUUUUCUUCAGCUUCUCCUGAAAGGCUACUUUCUUUGACAGUCUCUUCCACUUGUAAAUGGUUGCCCAGUGCUUCAUAAGCUUUCUGGCAGAAAUCAUCACAGUUCAAAAUGUUACACUUUCAAGCUUUAGAACUUGUUUUUUACAUUUUUCUUUUGAGGAUGCUGCAAACUGCGUAGUUGCAUCAAUUUCAGAAAAUGUUAAAACAGUGGUUAUAUCAGUGUUUUCUUUAAAAAGGACUUAAAACCUUUAUUUUUAAUGUGAAUUUAUUGCUCCUGCCAGGUUUUAGCUUAACAACAUUGAAGACUGAAUAUCGCUGUCCACAACUGAUGCAGCACAGAUAAUUGGGGUGCAAGCUUUACCACCCUUAUUCUGCCAUGCUAAAGUGCCUGAGCUAUGGCCCAGAGGGAAGAGAGGAUAGGUCACUGUGCCUGUUUGUUCCUUGUAGAAAUUUGUGUACUAUAUGUAUGCAAUAUUAUAUUAGAAAUACUCUCAAAAUUCCACUGAACAAUUUAGCUUUGAUAUUAGAGGAGGAUUUGUUUCAGAAAGGACUAAUUCUGCUGAAGAUUGUAAUAGCAUUGUUAUUAAAGCAACUGGAAAAUCACAUAUUCAUACCUGGAUAAUUAGAAUAUUAAGCAUGGAUGCAUGUAGUUUUCUGGAGUAAGGUUAUAGGAUUUUAUUAUCCACCAAAAUGUUAAAACAAAUUAAAUCCUCUUACACCAGAUUUUGGUUUACUACUGUCAUUUUUGGUUGAAAUUUUAAUCUUGAGACCAAAUUGACCAUUUUACAAGCUUAAUAUAAAGUGCUUAGCUGACCUAUUACAUAACCCAUCAGAUGAUGUCUUCAGCCUACAUUGUUUAUGUAGUACUUUUAAUUAUUUGCUUGUUAAAUGUGGCAGGUGUUAUAGUUUUGAUUUUCCUUGUUGAAGCAUGUACCUUACAAACCAGAACAGUAUUUUACUGGCUCUUUGCAGCUGCUGAAGUUCGAUUAUAUUGGAGUGGCCAUAGGCAGCAAAGAACAAGAAAUAAUUCUUGCAUCAUUAAACUCCACUGUCAUUCUUCAGUUGUUGUAAGGUAAAAGGGUCUGAAUCUGCCUGUGGAUUAAAGUACCUCCAGUUAACAGAGGAUUGAUUCUGAACUCCUGGAGCAUGUUUUAUAAAUGCUGAAAGUAUUACUUUACUAUGCCCAAUUUGAUUACUAUCACACUGUAAGACUGUCAACAUUAAAUAUUUGCGGUACGCAGGUCAAUUAACUACAUGUGCGUAUUUAUCAAACUGCACAAAUUACAGUAGAAAGACCUUCACAGUUUGUCAUUCACAUUAUCAGAUACUUCAAAAAAGGCCAAUUUAAUCCAACAGUGGCCCAAAUGUUAUGUAUCUACAUUCUAUACGGAUGUAAGGCAGAAAUAAGAGCUGUGACAUUAAUCUAGUGCUGGUCUUUGUUUAGAGACUAUUUCUAUAUUCCUCUUCCUUUGGCUAAAUAUUAAAAUUUGUUCCUUUACAAUUU